GACGAGAAGCUGCUCGAGCCACACCGGACGUUUCGCGAUUUUACCCUCAACAGAAAAAGCCUCGCUGUUGCUUAGACGACGGCUGUAACGUGUAGCCGUUUUAUACUGAAACGCUCAACCGGGGUCCCGGGUUUUCACUCCUGCGCGCUUAACACUGCUGCGAGCGAGCAGGCGGAGAGGAUCGGCAUCUAAAAACCGACUUGGAAAAACUACUUAGCGAGCUCCUAGUCUUGACCUUGAGGGGGCACCAGCAUGAGUCAGGAGUCACUGGAGUCUGAUGGAGACUCUGCUCAGGAUGUGUCUGACUUCAACUGGGAUGACUACCUGGAGGAGACUGGAACCAUGUCUGUGCCCCAUCACGCCUUCAAACAUGUGGACCAGGGCCUGCAGACCGGACUGACUCCAGGCAUGAAGCUGGAGGUGUGUGUGCGCUCGGAGGCUGACAGUCCUUACUGGGUGGCCAGCAUCAUCACCACAUGUGGCCAGCUGCUGCUGCUACGCUACGAGGGAUACCAGGAUAACCGGAGCGCUGACUUCUGGUGUGACAUCAUGACAGCCGACCUCCACCCUCUGGGCUGGAGCCGCCAGCAUGGCAAGACCAUGAGAGCCCCUGAGGGUGUGCGUGAGAAGCACCAGGACUGGGAGGCUCUGCUGGAAAAGGCCCUGGCUGAGGAGUGCAGCGCGCCUGCCAGUCUGCUAGAGUUGCCCCAGCGUGGUAGAGACCCAGUGGAGCUCCUGUGUGCAGGCUGCUAUGUGGAGCUGCAGGACAGUGUUGAUCCGGGGCUGGCCUGGGCCGCUGAGGUGGAGGAGAACGUCGGAGGGAGGCUGAAACUGCGCCUGGUAGGCACCGAGGGCCUCCCAGACACACCCGCAGCCCUCUGGCUCUUUUACCUCCACCCACGCCUCCACCCACCCGGCUGGGCUAAAGAGCACGGCUGCACCCUCAGGCCUCCCUCAGAUCUGUUGGCCCUGCGGACAGAGGAGGAGUGGCGGGAGGUGACAGAGAGGAUCAGCGACCUGCCUCAGGAUGAAGCUCUGACUGCAGAGUUCAGUAAGGAUCAGCCAGCCAUUGCUGCUCAUUCUUUCAAGGAAGGGAUGAAACUGGAGGCUGUUGACCCUGCUGCUCCUAUUUCCAUCAGGCCUGCCACUGUCACCAAGGUGUUCAAUGAGCAGUACUUCCUGGUGACAAUGGAUGACCUUUGUGGUAUUGAGGAGUCAGAAGGUGCUGGGCGUUCCUUCCUGUGCCACAGAGACAGUCCGGGGAUCUUUCCUGCUCAGUGGAGUCUUAAGAACGGGCUCCCUCUCAGCCCCCCACCAGGAUACCAGGGUCCAGACUUUGACUGGGCAGAUUACCUGAAACAGUGCGAGGCAGAGGCAGCUCCUCAGCAUUGCUUCCCGACUGAGCAGUGUGACCACAGCUUCAAAGAGGCCAUGAAACUGGAGGCUGUCAACCCACUGUCACCUGAAAACAUUCACGUGGCCACUGUCACCAGGGUCAAAGGGCAAUACAUUUGGCUCAGCCUGGAAGGCCUGAAGCAGCCCAUGCCAGAGCUGAUAGUUCACGUGGACUCCCUGGACAUCUUCCCUGUCAGCUGGUGUGAGACAAAUGGCUAUCCACUUGUCUACCCCAUCAAGCCCUCAGUUGAGAAAGAGAGGAAGAUUGCUGUAGUGCAACCUGAGAAACACAGAGCUCCACCGAAGUCAUCGUCACCUGACAGCGUCAAGCAGCAGAUGUCAAACCAGUCAGAGACAGUGCAGGGGAACGGGAAAUACUGCAGCCCCAAGAUCUACUUUAACCAUCGUUGUUUUUCCGGGCCUUACCUUAACAAGGGACGCAUUGCCGAGCUGCCUCAGUUCAUCGGCCCUGGAAACUGUGUUCUUGUGCUCAAAGAGGUAUUGACUCUGCUGAUAAAUUCGGCAUACAAACCCAGCCGUGUGCUGAGAGAGCUGCAGCUGGACCAGGAGAGCCGCUGGCAAGGCCAUGGAGAGACACUCAAAGCCAAGUACAAGGGAAAGAGUUACCGGGCCACUGUGGAAAUAGUCCGCACCGCAGACCGUGUGGCAGACUUCUGCAGGAAAACCUGCAUCAAGCUAGAGUGCUGCCCAAACCUGUUUGGACCUCGCAUGGUUCUGGAGCGCUGCUCGGAGAACUGCUCUGUCCUCACCAAGACCAAAUACACAUAUUACUAUGGAAAGAAGAAGAGUAAACGCGUUGGCCGUCCUCCCGGAGGCCAUUCCAACCUGGAAGGUGGAGUGAAGAGAAGAGGGAGGAGGAGGAAGAGGAGGAAGCAGCUCUUUGUCCAUAAGAAGAGACGCUCCUCAGCCUCAGUUGACAACACACCUGCUGGGUCUCCACAGGGCAGUGGAGAGGAAGAAGAUCUGGAUGAAGAUGACUCCCUAAGUGAAGACUCUGGGUCUGAACUACAGGAUGAUCUCCAAGAUGAUUCCGAACAAUCGAUUGGGAAGUCUCAGCCCACCACACCAUCCCCCUCCCCACCAGCAACACCCAGGCCCACACGCCGGCGCCGGAAACCCCGCUCACCCUCUUUCUCUGAUGAUGAGAACCGCCCACCUUCACCAAAGACCUCAAAGACCGAGCCUCCUCAGAAGUUGUGUUUGGACACCAGCCCCCUGGAGUGGAGCGUUACUGAUGUGGUUCGCUUCAUCAGGACCACCGACUGUGCACCUCUUGCACGGAUUUUCUUGGAUCAAGAGAUUGACGGACAGGCGCUUCUCCUGCUGAACCUCCCAACUGUGCAGGAGUGUAUGGACCUGAAGCUGGGACCGGCCAUCAAGCUGUGCCACCACAUCGAGAGAGUCAAGCUGGCAUUUUAUCAACAGUUUGCUACGUAGCUGACGGGGAAUGAACAUGGGACAUAUGUAUCAAUGCUGAGAAAAAAGCACUGUAUUUUCCCAUUUUGACUUUUCUAACACUGGACAUCCUUUAGAAUCCUGCAUAAUACCACGGUUGUGUCAGACAAGCGUGGCCAUGAGCAGGACAGAGCAACAUUUCCUAAUCCUUGUUUUUAAAAAAGAACGAAGGAGAAGAGCGGCACGGGGUCAAAAUAGGGUCAAAAACACUUCAGAUGCUCUUUAGGAAUGGCAUAGGUAAGGACUGAAAGGGAAGAAUAAAAGGCACUCUGAAGUCUUUAAAUAAGUUUAAAAGCCUCUAUUAAAUCCAGCAUAUUUUGACAUCUUCAAGAUUUUUUACUUAAGACUUCAUCAGGGUGCAUGAUGACUUACUUCUAAGUUGAAAUGUUCAAAUGAAGGCUUUUUAAUUUAUCUGUGUGCUCUGAGUGCCCUGGAUUCUCCUCUUCUAUUGAGAUCGACUGAUUGCUAGUGGCACCACACCAGUGGUGUGUUGUGUCCAUUAAUAAUUUCCAGCCUGACUUGCUGUCUUAAAAAGGGAAUACCACUGAAUCAAAGCUUUUACAUGUUAUUCUAUACCAUAGAAUAUGCUGUAUGUUAUCUGCUAGCAAACGUUUGAUAUUGUCUGCUGGAGGAAUGAAGUAGAAAAUGAAGUAGGCUUGCCUCAUAAUCUGGUGAUUUCACACUAAAGUCUAAUUUUAAUGAAAAAAAAUCAACAUCUUUUGUGGGGAAAUACAUAUAUUAGGCCAUUUAGGAUUAAGCACUUUAAAACAAACAUUGUUUUUCAUAAAAUCAAUUUUACUGUGAAAACUCCAAGCUGUACCUCAGAGUGACAACAGAUUGUGAGUCUUUGUCUUGUGGUUUCUAGUUUUUAAGAUACUUAUUUAUGCUCUCAAGAGAUCAUUUGACCCAUUGAUAAAGUGAAGAUAAUUUACACAUCAGUUAAACUACAAGUUGUAUACAAUUAGUACCUUUAGCAAGUUUCCUGGAUGCCAAAAUUAAUGCUAAACUAGAAAAUACUGAUAUAGUCGUGAGUCAUUUCAAGAUAAAGAAUUUGAUUUUAGUGUGAACACCGGACAUGUAUGUUAACACCAUUUGCAAAUGUUAUCCAGCUGAAUUAUAUCAACAUACAAUCUGUUUAACAACAGAUUAAAAGGGGCCUUUGUUUCAACAAGAGAUCAAAUUGCUUUCUAGUUCAAAUCUCUAUUUAAGAGCGGUUUACAGUGCAAGAAUUCUGUAAUGCAAGCACAAGCAAAACCAUGCACUGUAUGGUGGUAUGCAAAUAUGACAGUGCAUGUUUGUAUAUAGUGUACAUAAUCAAAUAUCUUCUAGUGCAACAGGGUGAUUAGACAGAAAAAAAAUCUAUUGAGGAAUUAAUUUUCUGCAUAAGCAAUGUGUAAAUGCCCGAAAUAUACAGUAUAUUUGCACAGAAUAGGCCUAAACUUUCCUCAAUGUGCUUAAAACAUACUCAGCUGCAUCAUUUGGAGCAUUCUGAUUAUUUGAGCCAUUUCAUAUCAUUGAUGAGUCAUAAUUUGCUUUUACAAUUAACUUAAUGUUGGCUACAAUAAAUGAGCAGUUUUAAAGCAAGGAGAUCUUCUCAAAAUGCUUUUGUAAAACAUUUUCCCUCUUUCUUUUUUACCAGUUCCUGUAGUGUGAUUUGCUGUAAUGUGCUUGAUUUCGUGUGUGAAAAAAAAACAGUUGGUUCUUUGUUUACUCAUUUGUCUGUAGUUACAGCUGUACUCAAAGCAAUUGAACAGAUUUUGAUUUCAUGUUUGAAGAUUAUAACUGCUAUUUAAAAAGAGAACAUUGAAAUAAAAACGAUGAACAACAAAUCA